GGAUCUGUGUUUUAAUUCGCGACGAAGUUCUCCAGAGUUUUGAUGCGUGUGGAGGCGGAGCCGCGCGCUUUGCUCUUGGUCGCAGAGGGAUUUGGAGAAAGAUAUGUCCUCCUAGCGCAGGGACAAGUCCGGCGACUUAUCCUUCAGGAAUGGUCUGUCUGGCGAGGAUGACAGGAUUGUAUUUACUGGAAGCAAAAUAAGAUUUAACUGAAUGUCAGUUUGACUUUCAAUAAUUUAUCUAAACGUUUUCUGGAUUAUGUGUUGCCAGUAGCAGCAUAACUUCUUCAUACAGGCAGAUUCCAUUGAGUCUACAAGCACCUGACUCGCUGAGCACUAAACCCUGGCUUCCACCCUUCACCAGUCCAAGGUCAAGGACCGGAUAACAUCUGUCAACAUUUUCUGGUUCUACUGUUCCAGGUUGGCGGACACAGAGGAGAACCUGAAACACACCCAGCCCUGAGGACAAGUAGACUAUGCGACACACCCUGCCCUGAGGACAACUCCAGAAAUACUACAUUUUUAAUUUAGACCAGGACAGACAACAACCAGGCCUCACACACAAACACACUCUGGAAACCAAACGACCUGGUGGUGCUGGUGCCUAGCCUCACCCAGUUAAUAACAAUGGUCCGGUCCGUUCUAAUCUGAUUGACACAGACUGACUGUCUAGCUGGUUUGGGUGUUUUGUGAUGCUCCUCUAUACGUUCAUCAUCAUCGUAUCUGAUUUUGAAGAGCUGAAGGACUCACCAUAAACCUGACUGUGUGAAGUUGAGCCCUCGACUGCCAAGGACCGCUUAGACUACUGACCUCGUAAGGGCCGUGUGUGCUCACUGGUCGCUUGUGUGGUGGUCGAUCAUGGGUAAGGAGCAGGACCUCCUGGUGGCAGUGAAGAGUGGAGACAUCCUCCUGGCCCACAAACUCCUGGCCAAGGUCACAUACAACAAAACCAAGUUGCUGGGCUCCACAAAGAGGCUCAACAUCAACUAUCAGGACUUAGAUGGGUUUUCAGCAUUACACCAUGCAGCUCUAACAGGCACCACUGAGCUGCUGUCACUACUACUGGAGGCUCAGGCCACUGUGGACAUCAAAGACAUUAAUGGUAUGCGUCCGCUACAUUAUGCAGCGUGGCAGGGUAAAGCUGACUCUGUGUUGCUGCUGCUGAGAGCUGGAGCCUCUGUUAACACACUGUCACAGGACGGACACAUACCUCUACACCUGUCUGCACAGUACGGACACUACCAGGUGUCUGAGAUGUUACUCCAGCACCAGUCUAAUCCCUGUCUGGUGAACAAGGCCAACAAGACUCCUCUGGACCUGGCCUGUGAGUUUGGCAGACUCGAGGUUGCUCAAUUGUUAUUGAACAGCAACAUGGUGGUAGCUCUGUUGGAGGGGGAGGGGCUAGACGGUUUAGACAAUGCCUCCUCCAACACGCCCCUUCACCUGGCCGCUCGCAACGGACACAAAGACAUCAUCAGGGUGCUACUGAAGGCUGGUAUAGACAUCAACAGAACGACUCAGGCUGGCACCUGUCUGCACGAGGCUGCCCUCUACGGCAAGACUGAAGUAGUGUGUCUGCUGCUGGACGCCGGUAUUGAUGUGAAUUUACGUGACACCUACAACCAGACAGCCCUGGACAACGUCAACCAGUUCACCACCUCAUCAGCCAGCAAGGACAUCAAGAUAAUACUACGAGAAGCGUUAGGGUCUCUCCAGGUGAGAGCUGUGAAGGACUACUGGAACCUUCACGACCCUACAGCCCUCAACCUCCGUGCUGGAGACCUCAUCAUGGUGUUGGAGCAGCACACGGACGGGCGGUGGAAAGGUCAUAUCCAUGACAACCAGAGAGGAACGGACCGGGUCGGAUACUUCCCUCCGUCUAUAGUGGAGGUCAUCAGCCAGAGAACAGGGGGUUCUGUCUCAUGUCAGGUCUCGUUACCAAGCCAACGGCAGCAGCACUUCCUGUCAAGAGCUCCUCCCACCAGUAUUGGCUCCGCCCCCCAGAUUGAGGACUCCUACGCCUUGUACUAUGACCACGCAGCAGGAGACAGGAACAGUGUUGGCAGUGCAAGCAGCAGUGCAGGCAGCAGUGCAGGUAGUGUGGGCAGCAGUCGUAGUACUGGCAGCGGGCAGAGCUCAGAGAACGGCUUCGGACCGAAUGGGACGCACAAGCUGGCACCCUCUGUUGGUGAGUCCAGAGAACAGCAGUUUCCCCCUGCAGGACCAGACCCCAGCAAACAACCUGAUGGGCAUACAGGUGGUCAGAGUCGUCAAGUCAGUGGUGGUACUCGUUUGGGGGAGCAGAGUGGCUUCAUGUGUUCAGACAUGGUCCUGGUGGGCAGCGACUCUGAGGCCAUCUACCAAUGGCUGUGUGAGUUCCAGCUGGAGAGCUACACUGCUAACUUCCUCACAGCAGGAUACGAUGUACUUACUGUCAGUAGGAUGACCCCAGAGGACCUGACUGCCAUCGGAGUGACCAAACCAGGCCACCGAAAGAAAAUCUCCAUGGAGAUAGGCAACCUGAACAUCCCAGAGUGGCUGCCUGACUACGUCCCUUCUGAGCUGUCAGAGUGGUUGAGCGCGAUCGGUCUCCCUCAGUACCAGAAGAGACUGUGUGAGAAUGGUUAUGACACCAUCAGCAUCGUCAAGGAUAUCACCUGGGAGGACUUAUCAGAGAUAGGAAUCACCAAGCUGGGUCAUCAGAAGAAGCUGAUGUUAGCCGUGAAGCGUUUAUGUGACCUGCAUCGUUCUCGUCACCAUGCCAACGGCUCCGACACGCUCCGGCAUAAACCUACCACAGUGGCUAUUGAGCCCCCCGAGAUCCCAUACGACUGCUGCCCCCUUUCCCCUCACACCACCAGGACACCCUUCCCCUCAUUCCAUGACAGCGAGCUGAGCACAGAGGUACAGAACACCAUGAUGGGGAGGGCAGCAGGAGGAGGAGUGGAUGGGUUUGGGAUGGGUGUGAGGGAGAGCAUUAGCCAGGAGAGCAUCGGAACGUGCUCCCGCGGAUCUGGGAAUUCUGGAAAAUCUGGGAAUUUUACGGGGUAUUCCCAAGAGCUUCACCAACAGACUCUGGCAUCGGCUGGAGUGCACAGUCGCUCGGACGAAAGCUUGGGAGGAGGGGGAAGGAGACAGGGGGGAGGAGGUAGUCCAGGGAGAGACCGACAGAGACUCACAGAGGUGUGGCCUGACCAGAAGCGCCACCCCCAGCCACCCACUAAACUACCCAUCACCCCCUCACCCCUCCUCUCACCCCCAGCUCGAUGCCCCGCUUCGCCUACCCAGCCGUGCAUAGUAAACCCAAACCUUGCAAGCCCCCUGCCCACCCCCACCCCUUCUCCUCUCCCCAGGCCUCCCCCACACAGAGGGCCUUCAACUACCUCCACACCCAGGAAGGAGGAACCUAUAUGUGCCAACGUGGUCUACCCAAGCCCCAGGCUGGAGCAAUCCCCCUCCCAGGACAAGGCCUCAACACAGAGGCUCUCAAGAAACGCACCCAGAGUCUGUCCCGCUACGCCCUGUCAGAUGGGGAACCGGAAGACGACGAGUCAUCGCUGCAGGAAUCCGUCCCUCCGGUGGCCAUGCCCUCGUACGCAACACUGGGACGCAAAACAGGCUGCGGCCAAUCAAAUUCCUCCGCCGUCCAACGCCACAUCAGCCGGAGCCACUCAUUCGCUGUCCGCUCUCGCCGCAAAGGCCCGCCCCCACCGCCACCUAAGAGGAUGAGCUCGGUGAGUGGCAGCCAGGCCAGUGAAUCAGGAGUGGCAGUAGUGGCAGGGCAGGUGGAGGUGGGAGGGGUGGAGACAGAGAGUGCAGGCAGUGUGAGAAGCAUCGCAGCCAGGCUACAGGGGUCCAGGCCCGGGGGCAGCCCCUC